AUGGCUUCUCUUGGGAAUUUCUACAAUAUAUCAUCAGUUCUGUUACUUCAAGGCUUGGAAUUGCCUCUGGUGGCCAGUCUUCCUGCAUUCCUCUUUGCCAUGCUAAGCUAUAUGAUCAUUCUUUUCUGCAACCUUAUUCUGCUGAUCACCAUCAUUUUGAAUAAGAGCCUACAUCAGCCGAUGUAUCUACUGCUGUUAAACCUACCCAUCAAUGACAUUGUGGGAUCCACAGCCCUUCUUCCACAAAUAAUCAAUGAGCUCAUGUGGGACACCAGAACCAUGGAGUUUUCAACAUGUGUUACACAAGCAUUCUUUAUACAUGUAUAUGGAGUAGGUGCAGUGUUGAUUUUGAGUGCUAUGGCAUAUGACAGAUACAUGGCCAUAUGUUUACCUCUAAGGUAUAACACAGUUAUGACCCAUGGCCAUAUCAUGAAAGUAAUCUCUGUUGUAUGGAUUCUUAAUUUUAUUUUAAUAGCUAUACUUUUUUACCUCCUUCUGCGUUUGCCUCGAUGCAAGUCUCAAAUGACUCACUCAUAUUGUGACAACCCUUCUCUUUUGCAGCUGGUUUGUGCAGAUACAACUGUUAACAAUAUCUAUGGCCUCUUUAUCACAGCUAUCACCCAAAUAAUUGGAGUGGGACUUAUAUUAUUUACUUAUCUUCAGAUUCUUGUGGCCUGUUUUAGAAACAAGAGGUCUGACACAAGAAGCAAAGCUCUGCAAACGUGUGCUACCCAUGUAAUGGUCUUUCUCAUCUUAGAAUGUUUGGGACUGUUUACAAUAAUUUCCUACAGAAUGAAAGACUUAUCUUCAAGUUCCAGAAGAUUUAUAGGGGUUACCACCCUCAUUUUCCCUCCAAUCUUGAAUCCAAUAAUCUAUGGCCUUAAAACCAAAGAAAUCAGAAUGAAUAUUAUGAAGGUUUUUUGGCAAAAGGUUUUACCCUUUUAA